AUGGGGCACUGCCCUAGGAACGGGGGAUAUAGCAGUGCCUCUGCCCUCGCACCACAGCUGGUCAUCUGCCCGGCUGUGCGUGGAGGCUGCGGCUCGGCGGGGCAGGCGCUGAGCGCACGGCGGCGGCACCCGGCGCAGAGGCGGCGGCACCCGGCGCAGAGGCUCCGGCGCGGGGAGCCGGGCUCAGCCCCGGCCUGCGAGCGCCGCGGUCCUAGCCCACCCGAGGCCGGCCUGGGGGGCCCGCAGGGCGCGCGGAGCGCCGAGUGCGCGUCGGGCUGGGCCCCGCACCCCGGUGCAGGAGCGCGGGCGCGGCGCGGCGGAGCGCCCCGCAUGGAGCCGGCGCGGGAGCCCCCUGCGCGGGCCCGCGGCCCCGAGGGGCUGCUGCGGCGAUCCGGGUCGGGCUACGAGGGCAGCACCAGCUGGAAGGCGGCCUUGGAGGACACCACCACACGUCUCCUGCUGGGUGCCAUCGCGGUCCUUCUGUUCGCCAUCUUGGUGGUGAUGAGCAUCUUGGCUUCCAAGGGCUGCAUCAAGUGCGAAGCGCCCUGCCCAGAGGACUGGCUGCUCUACGGAAGGAAGUGUUACUUCUUUUCUGAGGAACCCAGAGACUGGAACACAGGCAGGCAGUACUGUCACACCCACGAGGCAGUGCUGGCUGUGAUUCAGAGCCAGAAGGAGCUGGAAUUUAUGUUCAAGUUCACGCGGAGGGAGCCCUGGAUUGGACUACGCAGAGUUGGGGACGAAUUCCACUGGGUCAACGGGGACCCGUUUGAUCCAGACACGUUCAACAUCGCGGGUCCAGGGGAGUGCGUCUUCGUGGAGCCCACCAGGCUGGUGUCGACGGAGUGUCUGAUGACCCGGCCCUGGGUGUGCAGCAAGAUGGCCUAUACGUGAGGUGGGUCGGGCCAGAGGUGGCCCCUCCCCCCAGGCCUGUGGGAGGUGUCUGCCGGAGACCUGCCUCCAGCGGAGCCGCCUGCCCUCUGCAAGACGAAGCAGUGGGGUGGGUGGCCUCUGCCCCAGGCCCCUCUCCCAGGCCCUGGCACUCUGAGUCCCUGGUUCCUGGCCUCCUUUGUCUCCAGGCAGGUCAUGUGGCUCAGCAGUUAAAUCCCAUAUGCUAAGUAGUGUAGGCAUCUGUCCACCUACGCACACACACACAUGCAUACGCACACGCACGCACAGACACUGUCCCCUCUGAAGCUCAGUGUCCACCCUGAGCCACCCCACAGAUCUCUCUCUGGCCCCCUAGAAGCCCUCUCCUCACGGCAGCCCUGGUGCUCUGGGGAAGGAGGGGCAUUGACAGGUGGUUUGACUGUUCACUCAGUAGCCCCGCUCCCCCAGUGGUUUCUCUCAUGGCUGCCAGCGGAGGCAGGCUAGGAAAGCUUCCCCCUUACCUAGGCCAGGCCAGCCCUGGGCCCCAGAGGUCCCCUGCGUCCCCCUUCUUUGCCUUGCCUAGGCUCUCAGGCAGGGCCCCUGCUCUGUCCGUGGUGCUGUUGUAUUGGUCACUAACGGAAUAAAGAGUUAAUAACUC